UGUUGCAUUUUGUGUUUAAUACGACAGAUCAAAAAAGGAAACAAAUUAAAUUUUUGGAGACUCGCACAAAGGAACACAAAAAACGGCAAUUUGAGAUCUAGUUUAACAGUUUGAUUUGAAGAUUGCGCAAAAAUGUAUCCGUCCAACUUUUACCAAAUGAAGAACUUUGCCAAUCCCAAGACCAUGUUCAAGUCAUGCUCCAACAACGAGGAGUUCUCCACCAAGCCAGUGCAGAGCUGCAGUCUGCAGUCGACACGAGCGUGCGGCAGCGGCAGCGGCGGCAGCAGCAGCAGCAGCAGCAUUAGCUACAAGCAAACGUUGCAUGCCACACGCAAUGAGCUGAGCGAGCUGAGCGCAGACGAUGAGCCGCUUGUUGAAAUUGGCGAGGUCGGUUCGCAGCCAGAGACAGAUGUGGAGACUGCAGCGGAAACCGAAAAUGAAACCGAGACGGAGGAGGAGACGUCACAAAAGGAGCCACAUCAUCCGCUGAAUAGCGAAUGGACGUUGUGGUAUUUGGAGACGGAUCGCAGCAAGAGCUGGGAGGAGAUGCUACACGAAGUCGCCAGUUUCAAUACAGUUGAGAAUUUCUGGAGCUUGAUUAAUCACAUCAAGACACCGUCGGAGAUUAAAGUGGGCAGCGACUAUUGCCUAUUCAAGAAGGGCAUACGUCCAAUGUGGGAGGAUGAGGCGAAUGUCAAGGGCGGCCGCUGGGUCAUUACGCUCAACAAGAACAACAAAAGCGAUUUGGACAAUUUCUGGCUGGACACCAUGCUGGUGCUCAUCGGCGAGUCCUGCGAGCAUGCGCAGGAGCUUUGCGGCGCUGUUGUCAAUGUGCGCGGCAAGAACAACAAAAUCUCCAUUUGGACGGCCAACGGUGGCAACGAGGAGGCGGCACUCGAAAUCGGUGGCAAGCUGCGCGACGGACUGCGCAUGGAGAGCGCCUAUGUGCUGCAAUAUCAACUGCAUAAGGACACCAUGGCCAAGCAGGGAUCGCUGGUCAAGACCAUCUAUACGCGCUAGUCGAGCGACACUCCAAGCGUAACGAACAAAAAACAGACGAAUUCGAAGACAUAAAUUUGAAAAGUCCCGUUUGCUAUAAGCAUUACUUAUAGUACAUAACUAUUUCGAUCCAACAUCAAUAUAAUGACGACGACGACAACGACGACGACAACGACGAUGAUGAUGCUAAUGAUGAUGACCGCUGACCAAAUUAACUGUUGAAAUCCAAGUGCCCUGGAGCAAAGUCUGCGUUGAAAAUUUGUUCAUUAUGCAAUUUAUUUAUAAACAGCAUCGUCACUAAAUGAAACUAAGCUACGUAAUAAAUUGAUGUCG